AGCUUGCAUUCUGAGCUAUUAAUACUCAGUGCUACAGUUAGGUUUGGGGAACAAACUUGUGACUGUACUUUCAGAUGACGGUUUGUUUUUCUUUGACUUCAUUCUCAUUGGCUUUCUUAUGAUGUAACUUAAAAACAAAUCACAGCCCAUUUACUGUAGAGUAAUGAAAGUUUAGACCUCUGCUUGGACAUCUUUGACUCCAGUCAAGAGACUACUAGACUGUAGUUCCUGUGGAAGGGUGCCAUGGCAAAGGAGACUUUCCCCUUUACAUCCACAUCACUGCGUUCUCUGCGAAUGGAGCAGGAGUUUCAGGAGUGGGAGGACACUCGAAGAGCGUUGGCCCAUAGAAGAGCCAUGACCAGGGACCCCCUGCCCAGAGCCCCAAGGAUUCCACAAAGACAACAGCGGCUCCAGGAGGUACGGGCCCCACCACCACAGGUGCGAUGUCGGGACAUAGCCAUUCACAACACCUUCAUGUGGGGCGACAUGAAAGGAGUGUAUGCGGUGCUAAAGGACCCAGCUAUGGUGAAUGCUGUGAUGGAGACAGUGCAUGAGGAAAUGGCAUGGGCUCCAGAGAUGGGCAUGUGGACGCUGAGCUCCAGAGUGAAACAGACCUCAGCUUUACGUCUGGCUGCCAGCAGGGGACAUACAGCUUGUGUGGAGGAGCUGCUAUUCCGAGGGGCCGAGGUAAACGCAGACCCUGGAGGCAACACAGCCCUUCAUGAUGCCUGUAUAGGCGGCCAUGCUGACUGCGUGGGGCUGCUCCUUUCUCAUGGAGCGGAUCCUGAACUGUUGACUACAGAUGGCAGUGCUGCUCUUCACCUCUGCACCUCUGCCCAGUCUUUCCACUGUGCUGAGUUGCUCUUAGAAGGAGGUGCGGAGGUCAACGUGAGGAUGAAGGAGUCGAGGCUCACACCUCUACACAUGGCAGCUCGACGAGGCCUGGAGGAGCAUGUGGAGCUCUUCCUGAGUAAUGACGCGGACGUGUUGGCCACAAACCGUGAGGGGGAGACUCCCCUGAAUGCAGCUUGCUCUGGAGCCGAGAGGCCCUCAGAGUCCGGCCGCUACCUUCGAGUGAUUCAAAUUCUCCUGAGUGCAGGAGCUGACCCCACAACUGCAGGCCGGAAGAAACACACCCCUCUGCACAACGCAUGUGCCAACUGCUGCUCAAGAAUUGUCGAUCUCCUCUUGCAGCAUGGAGCAAAGGCAGAUGUAGAAAACUAUGCAGGACACACACCGAUAGACUGUCUGAUUCAGGUGGUGGAAGAUUAUUUGGACCACCAACCUGACGCAGUUGCGCGUUCACUUUUCAACCAUGGGGCCAACCCUGUUUCACCCAAGCUGCUGAAGCAGUGUGUCCUCUCCCCUGCCACUCUCGAAGUGAUAUUGAACUCCUAUACCCGUGUCCCUCACUGUGACUGGAUGGACUCUCUGUCUUCUGAGAUAAACGAGGAUCAUCAGUCCUUCUUUGACUUAGUGCGUCAGCGCAGUGGACAGCCUCGCUCUCUGCAGCAUCUGUGUCGAUGUGCUUUACGCCAGCACCUUGGAGCUCGCUGUUACUCAGCAGUCAGUGAACUGGACAUUCCCAGCUCUGUGAGGGAUUAUGUGCUGCUGUGUAAUGAUGGGACACUCCACUGACCGUGUCAUUCACAUUUUAUCUUGGGGUUAAACCCUUUUUUUAACACUUAAAGCUGAAAUACUGUUUUGUUGUUGAAAUAAUUUUUCAUUAGCAAAUAUUUUUGGUAAAGAGUUCUCUUAAAUAAAAUACAAGUAUAUUUGCCUCUUGAUGGCUUAUCUUUUUGUAUUUAUAAUGACUUUUUAAUACAACAUUGAAGCAACUAUAUAAUAUGAAUAGAUUAUAUUUUGUCUCAGAACAUACAUCCCAAUAAUGGGUGUUUAACUGCAUUAAACCUUACUAGUGAAGGAUGAAAUAAUCUAUAAGGCAAUGAUGUGAUUUUAUGAUUGUAAAUGCCACAUUUUAAAUCAAUUUUUUAAAAGAAAUUAAUGCAGCAAAAAAGUAAAAUAAAAAACAGACGUAGCCAAACAUGUGUAAUAUUGCACAAAAGAAAAUAAAUUAUUAUUUCAUGACAAGGUACUCAAUUUAGUACUAACAUUUGCUCAAUAAUAUACAAAUUAAAUUUUUUGUGUUUAAAAU